UCUUAACUCUGGCUCUUUCAAUUUCGACAUUCCCAUAACUCUUAUAUUUUCCUCUGGAUCCAGGAUCAGGGAAAUACAUCAAAAUGCCUACAGCCAUGCCAAAAGUAAAGCAGUCGGGCCUGAGCAAAGAGCUCUCAGAGCCGCUCCCAGACCCAGGCACAUUCGAGGGUAUGCCAGGCGUAAGGAGUAUAGCUGGAGAUUUGGGCGAUCAGAGAGUCAAAGACAAAGUCAUCAUCGUAACCGGCGCAAACUCCAUCAUAGGCAUCGGCCGCGCCUCCGCCCACCAAUUCGCGCGCAACGGCGCCCGCGCAGUCUACAUCUGCGACUUCUCCUCCACCAACCUCGCGCAGCACAAGCGCGAGCUCAACACGCUCUACCCCACCGUCGACAUCCAUACGCGCACCUUCGACGCCGCCGACGAACCCGCCGUGCAAGCCGUCGUGCAAGAAGCCCUCGACACCUACGGGCGUCUCGACGUCUUCUUCGCCAACGCCGGCAUCUCCAGUGGCAAAGUGUUCUGGGAAGAAGACAGCGCGGGCUUCAUGCACGUGAUGAAAACCAACGCAUUGUCCGUAUUUCUCGCCGCCAAGUACGCGAGUCGCGCCAUGUUGAAGACAUCCGCUGCGAAGCCGUACCCGUCGGGAUCGAUUAUCGCGACCGCCUCGGUGGCUGGGCUGAAGUCCAACGCCGGGCCGACGGAUUACUCGGCGUCCAAGGCCGCGGUGGUUAGUCUGAUGCAGACGUGUGCGUAUCAGCUGGUGGGCACGGGGAUUCGGUGUAAUGCGGUUUGUCCGGGGUUGAUUGAGACGGGCAUGACCAAGGUCACGUACGAUGCGGCGCGGAAGAGGGGGAGUGAGGGGAAAAUCGGACAGUUAAAUCCGUUGCGGAGAGGCGGGCAGCCGGAUGAGAUUGCGAGGGCCGUGUUGUUUUUGGCGAGUGAUGAGGCAAGUUAUGUGAAUGCGCAGGCGUGGGCGGUGGAUGGGGGGUUGUCGGGGGGCAUGCCGUUUGUGCCGGGCAAGUUGGCGUAAGGCAGGACAGUAGUCAAGACAUGCAAGUGUGGCAAAAGUUGGAAUGUCAAAUCGGUGUAUUCUCCA